AUGGUGGCCACCCACCCACUCAGGGAGGCAGGUUUAAUUGGAAAAUUAGACUCUGCAGCAAAACCAUGCUGGGGUCCCGCGUUUGUGCUGCGCGCUCGCGGAAGUCGCAGUGUGUUUGCACUGGGUCAACUCCACUACCCGGGGAAAUUCAAAGGGUUUAAUAUUGGGGCCUCUGGUUUCUGCAAAGCCGCGCUGGAGAGGGCCAUGUGCCCCGCGUGCAGCAUCUCGACAUCAUCCCCCUCGGCCACAUGGGCCUUGCUGUUAGUUCUUCUGACCGAUGCUCCCCCAACGCCCAUAAUUGAUAAGGAAUCCCGCUCGCCCAUCCUGCACCCACAUCCUCAGGCAACUGGGGCAUCUUCAUGUCGACCUUUCUGUCGUGGUGAAGAUGCCCAACUACCAUGCACACUGCAGAGAACAAGCAGUAAGCCCUGCGGUUACCUUUUCACAGGUGGAAUUCCAAUGCACCUGGUGAUGAAGCCACCUGAGCGGGAGAUACCUGAAGACCAGUUUUGUUUUGUUUUGUUUUUCCCCGGCUGGAAGAUUUUGAGUUUUAUAGCAAACCGUAUUGUACAGAUUCGGGGCCCAGGGGCCCAGCCUGGCUGGGUCCCCCGCUUGCCUCUCGCCGGGCUGCCUCCUCCCUCCCCCAAGCGGCCCCACACAACCAAGGCAUUUCCUGGAGAAUAUAUCCCUACUGUCUUUGAUAAUUAUUCUGCUAAUGUUAUGGUAGAUGGAAAACCGGUGAAUCUGGGCUUAUGGGAUACAGCUGGACAAGAAGAUUAUGAUAGAUUACGCCCCCUAUCCUAUCCGCAAAAAGAUGUGUUCUUAAUUUGCUUUUCCCUUGUGAGUCCUGCAUCAUUUGAAAAUGUCCACGCAAAGUGGUAUCCUGAGGUGCGGCACCACUGUCCCAACACUCCCAUCACCCUAGUGGGAACUAAACUUGAUCUUAGGGAUGCUAAAGACACGAUCGAGAAACUGAAGAAGAAGCUGACUCCCAUCACCUAUCCACAGGGUCUAGCCAUGGCUAAGGAGAUUGGUGCUGUAAAAUACCUGGAGUGCUCGGCGCUCACACAGCAAGGCCUCAAGACAGUGUUUGAUGAAGCGAUCUGGGCAGUCCUCUGCCCACCUCCCGUGAAGAAGAGGAAGAGGAAAUGCCUGCUGCUGUAAAUGUCUGAGCCCCUUUUUCUUGGCUUUGUCCCUUGGAACAUUUGUACGCUUUGCUCAAAAAAUGGUGGAGCCUUCACACUCAAUGCCAACUUUUUGUUACAGAUUAAUUUUUCCAUAAAACCAUUUUGAACCAAUCAGUAAUUUUAAGGUUUUGUUUGUUCUAAAUGUAAGAGUUCAGACUCACAUUCUAUUAAAAUUUAGCCCUAAAAUGACAAGCCUUCUUAAAGCCUUAUUUUUCAAAAGCCCCUAUUCUUGCUCAGAUUAAGAGUUGCCAAAAUACCUUCUGAACUACACUGUAUUGUUGUGCUAAGAACACCGAGCACUAAACUGUGUAAGACCUUUGUCUUUCAGAAGACCGUAGCUUCUGCAGUUAGGAGAUGCAGACACUUUCUAAGUAGUUUCCAGAUGCGUAAAGCAGAACAGCCUCCCAAAUGAAGCGUUGCCAUUUAACUCACCAAUGAUGUAUCAGCCCAUGUUCAUGACCUAACAUUGUACUGUAAUGGAAUGGGUGUAAACAGCUCAGCUCUUCGGAUCAGUCUUUUUGAUUUCAUAGUGAGUUUUCUAAAAAUUAGUUGAUCAGCUUUUGCUGAAGUUUUGAACAGAACUCGUGUUUCUUCCAAUGAAGUAUUCCGUUUAGUUGUGGGUGUGCCGAGUGGGGUGUGUGUGAUCAAAGGACAAAGAUGGCAUUUUGACAAAAUACGAAGUGGAGAGCUACACUACAUUUUAUAAGGAAUAAAAGUGUCACGAGUAAAAACCCUAAAAGGCUAAUUCCUGUCAAAUGCAGUAGAUGAUGAAAGAAAGGCUGGUAUUAUCAGGAAGUGCUUUCUUAAGCUUUUCCUUUCUCUUGCACCUGCCAUCCCUCCCCAAAUUGGGCAUUUAAUUCAUCUUUAAACUGGUCGUUCCCUUAGUCGCUAACUUAGUAAGUGCUUUUCUUACAGAACCCCUUCUUACUGAGCAAUAUGCCUCCUUGUAUUAUAAAAUCUUUCUGAUAAUGCAUUAGUUUUUUUUGUAGAUUAGUUAAAGUGCUUUCCAUGUUACUUUAUUCAGAGCUAAUAAGUGCUUUCCUUAGUUUUCUAGUAACUAGGUGUAAAAAUCAUGUGUUGCAGCUUUAUAGUUUUUAAAAUAUUUUAGAUAAUUCUUAAACUAUGAACCUUCUUAACAUCACUGUCUUGCCGGAUUACCGACACUGUCACUUGACCAAUACUGACCCUCUUGACCUCGCCCACGCGGACACACGCCUCCUGUAGUUGCUUUGCCUAAUGAUGUUCCUUUGGGUCUGUGAGGUUCUGUAAACUGUGCUAGUGCUGACGAUGUUCUGUACAACUUAACUCACUGGCAAGAAUACAACGUUGGACCUUUCAACCACUACAACAUUUUUUAAAUUGACAGUUGCAGAAUUGUGGAGUGUUUUUACAUUGAUCUUUUGCUAAUGCAAUUAGCACUAUGUUUUGCAUGUAUGACUUAAUAAAUCCUUGUAUCAUA